AUGGAGCUGCACCGGGUGAUGAAAGAUGCCGAGGAACUCAUAAACGAUUGUUGCUGUGGGCACACAUGGUUGAAAGUCACCAUCAACCGGGGCAACUUGAAAGAAACCAUCGCUAGAUUUCUUCACGACAUGGAAUGGCACGCAUCUGUGUUGUGUAGUGUUCUGGUAUCAAAGAAGGUCGCUCUUGGGAAGAGCAUUUGCGGGAGAAACCUGGCAUACACUGAUGAGUUCAUGUUGUCAGCAGCGGAAAGGCAUGAUCUGGCUACUCUACGGAACCUUCUGAAAUUUUCUCAUGUUUGUGACAAGGAGGUGUGUGCAAGCGAGGGCGUUGGAAGAUUUCUGGCCCAGAAGGUUUUGAAGAAGCUGGAAGGAGAAGAAAAACCAUUGCUGGAUCAGAAGAAGUCUUUGGAAAUAGGGUCGCCCCUCGUAUUGUGGGUUAACUCGGAGCAUCUUCCGAAAGGAAGAACAUUAGGCAGAGGGAAUUAUGCCAAAGUAAAAGAAACAUCCUGGAUGGGGAUAAGACUUGCGAUGAAGAUAUUCAUCAAAGAUUCUGCCUUGGAAACAAUGUUCAAGCAGGAGGUCACUGCUAUGGCUGGACUGGAAACAUCGGGACUGAGGUCAAGGGUGAGCAACAGUGGGUCCACAGAUUCUACCCACAAAAGCAUGUUUACACUGUCAAUGCUUCUAAGUUUGGUCACAACUGGAGCCUCGAAGUCGGCGAUCCAGCAAGCGUGGGCAAGGAAAGCUGAGAGUUGCAAACCUGAGCCAAUCACUGGGACGCACAACUGGAACCGUGCAGACAAAGUCAGGCAACUGGAGGCAAAGUUUGCAACCGGGAAAGAGGACAUAAUGGCGAGCGAGGAUGUGAAGACGUCACAUGACAAACAGAUGUGGAUUAAGUAUUACUGCGAGGAGUGCGAAACGUGGGAGACGAGGGAGAUGUUCGAGGUCACGAAAUUAAGCGUCGCUCAAGCAACGCCAGCUGGUGCAUGUGCAUUGUGGUCUUGGGGCUGCUCCAAGCUCGUCCGCCACGGCUCCUUUCAGACCUUCCGAGUGGACCAACUCAACAAUGCAGAUGGGCACGACGUACCCAAUCUUGACUUCCCCAGCAUCGAGUCUCCGGCAACCACUCGACCCUUUCGUGAGAAAACGCGUCCGAGGAACACCGAUGCAGCUGAAGAAGUAAGCCCACCGCAGACAGUACCUUCUGCGCAGUCCAAUGGGUCAUCCCAAAGCAAGCGCCCCAAGCGGAAUGUGAGCUCUACCUACGCGCGUGAUUUAGCAACAGGAACCAAUUCGCCUAUCAACUCUCAAGGGGGCGUAACCUCUUCUUCACCAGAUGAGGUGCAAGAUGAGAAUAGGUCUAAAGAUAGUGAAAUUGCUGCUGAUACUGCUGGUCCUGAAAGCCCAGGUGUGAUAGAUGCGGAACAUCUUGACGAUAAAAUUCAGAAGAGGCCUAAAAGGUUAACCGCUGGAGACCGAGGCCUUGCGCAAGCACUACAGUAUGAGAAGCCAGCACGAGUAACCACAAAAUCUCUGGCUGAGGUAAAUAAUGUGAAGCCAUCUCAGCCUUCACUCGCUACGAUGAAAAGGCCGAAACGUGUGACAGCUGGUCUUCGAGGGUUACUCCUGUCUAAAGAGAAUGCUAGACCAUUGCCGAGGAUUCUCUCAAAAAAGGUGGACAAGAAGGAGGAGGUGCACGGUGUGCGUACCAGGUCAUCUGCAAUUGCAAAAAAAACAUUUAAGAACAGGAGACUUGGUGACCUUUACUAGCUCUUCCUCCGAUAAGGUAGAAACCGAUCUCCUUGCAAAUUAUUAGAUUCCUUCUUUCAUUAUCACGUGUAGAUUGAUCUGUGGUGGCGGUUCUCCAUACAGCAAGUCAAACGUCGAAGGAUGAAAAGUCUAAGGAAAUGGAUUCUCAAUACCCGGAAUUUAGGAGGGACCACUCAUAGCCACAUAUCUUAGCUUGGUUGCGGGGUCGUACUUUCACCUUCGGUAAUUCUGUGAAAGCGUGGAGGUAGUUGUGGAGACUGCUGUUUCACAGAGUGUUCAUAGGCCUCCUUUCUUUUGAGAACAUGCAGCUUAUUAGGUGAUUGAUGCUAAAAGUCAAAAGGAAAGACAAUGUAUACAGAAGACAACGAUGACCACCAAGGAUAGGGUGUUCAUAAAAUUUCAUACUUAGAUCUCAUGUUUUGAGCUGUUGAGUUAAAUCAUGUUGGAUUAGAAGUGCA